GGUGUGUUGAAGCGGAGUUAAAACUAAAACAUGCUGGAGACUGGCCCUCGAGGACCAGGAUUGGGCACCCCUGCCCUAUCGGGUUGAGAUCUGGUGACUGUGGGGGCCGCUGUAGUACAGUGUCAUGAACAUUGUCAUGUUCAAGAAACCAAUUUGAAAUGAUUGGAGUUUUAUGACAUGGUGCAUUAUCCUGCUGGAAGUAGCCAUCAGAGGUAGGGAUGGGUACCGAAUUCGGUACUUUUUAAGGUACCGACCGAAUUCCACAGUACCGACCGAGCACCGAUUCACUUUAUUUGAAACGGUGCCUCGUUUCGGUACCCGUCCUUCAUAACGAGAACUUGCCUAGACAGCUGCGCAUGCGCAACAGCGUGGUAGAAAAACGAAGGCUAAAGCUUGGGUCCACUUCACUAAAUGUGAUGGGUAACUGGGUGAUGAUGAAACCAGCGACAACGAUCUAGUGAGACAUCCUCAUCUUAAUCUGCUCCGGUAGGUAAAUAAAAUGUUUAAGAUAACGUUAGCUUGAUUUGUUAGCUUCCGUUUCACUAAUGGUGCGUUCGCUUUCUCCUCGGAACUCCGACUAGAAGAACAUGAACGCGCUCUAAAGCUUGGCUUCACUUUACUAAAUGCGACGGGUGAUUGGGUGAAGAUGAAACCAGCGACAACGAUCUAAGUAUGUUCAACAAAUUGUGCUGGUUAAAGAAGAGGCUCCUGAUGUGGACCAGCAGGACCCAGAGCACCUCCACAUAAAGAAGGAACAGGAGGUACUGUGGACCAAUCUGGAGGAUAUGCAGCUCCAUUUGAAGGAGGAGAUUGAUGCUCCCUGGUUUCCAUACACUGCAUUUUCUAUAAAGAGUGAGGAUGAUGAAGAGAAACCUGUGUACUCUCAGCUUCAUCAGCAGCAAACAGAAGACAGAGAUGUUCCAACCAGCAGCUCAGCAGAAACUGGUGGAGGAGCAGAAACUAACAGGAACACACAUCUGAACCCUCAUGAAUGGGCGUCUGAUUCUUCAGAGACUGAAGUUAGUGGUGAUGCUGAAGAGGAUGAUCAUGUGAAUUUAGGCUCUGAUCUAUCAAACUCUGGGCUUGAAACUGGAGAUGGAGACGAUGACUGGAAUGAGAGCAGCUCUGCUGAGUCAGAUGUUGAGAGUGUCAACAAAUCAUUUGAUUGUCCUGAGUGUGGUAAACAAUUUCUCAAUAAGUGGUCACUCCAGAAACAUGCUAGAGUGACGAGUCAUUCAGUUGGCGUGAAUCAACAUGAAGACUCACGCAGGAACAUCCAGGUAGAACUAAAAUCAUUUAGUUGUGAGGAAUGUGGAAAAUUGUUUAAUAGAAAAUCAACUUUAAAUCAACACAUGAGAAUCCACACAGGACAGAAACUUUUUGCAUGUGAGCAAUGUGGACAAAGAUUUAGUCGAAAGACACAUUUAAACAGACACAAUAGAAUCCACACAGGACAUAAACCUUUUGCUUGUGAGCUCUGUGAACAAAGAUUUAGUGAUAAGACAACUUUAAACCGACACAUGACGGUCCACACAGGAGAGAAGCCUUUUUCCUGUGAGCUUUGUGGACAAAGAUUUAGCCAAAAGCCACAUUUAAACAGUCACAUGAGAAUCCACACAGGACAGAAACCCUUUGCUUGUGAACUCUGCACACAAAGAUUUAGUCAUAAGACAAGUUUAAGCAGACACAUGAGAUUCCACACAGGACAGAAGCCUUUCACCUGUGAGCUCUGCGGAAAAGGAUUUAGUCAAAAGACAUAUUUAAAGACGCAUAUUAGAGUCCACACAGGACACAAACCGUUUGCCUGUGAGCUUUGUGGACAAAGAUUUAGUCAGAAGAGAAUAUUAAACAAACAUAUGAGCGUCCACACAGGACACAAACCUUUCUCCUGUGAGCUAUGUGGACAAAUAUUUUGUCAGAAGACAGCUUUGAACAAACACAUGAAAGUCCACAGAGGACAGAAGCCUUUUGCUUGUGAACUCUGUGGACAACAAUUUAGUCGUAAGACAAAUUUAAAUAGUCACAUGACCGUCCACACAGGACAGAAACCUUUUGCUUGUGAGUUCUGUGGACAAAGAUUUAGCCGAAAAACAAAUUUAAACAGACACAUCAGAGUUCACACAGGACACAAAGAACUCAAAGAUAUAGCAGAUUAUACAACAGUUCCGACCGAGUGAUUUGAUUGGUCAAGAGACUUUCCAAGAGUGCUGAUAUUGGACUAUAACAGCACUGGGACUGUUUACAAACAGUAUCACUCCGCUGUGCACAGGCGUUCUAACCGUUAUUGUAGAAAAUGUUUGUGUUGCCUAGCAACAGCCUUGUCUGAGUCUCUGUUUCGUGUUGGGACUAUUUGUGUUGGCAGAGCCUGAUAAAUGAUUAAAUAAAUGAACAAAUCAUAAUAUGUUGUUGCUUAUUGUUCUCAUAAAAAUAAAAAAUGAGCAAGUAGAACUUGUAUAAAAGCAAUAUCACACUUGAGGUCGUGCGUUGUUGCUGAAUAAAAGAACCCUUCUAGUUAUUAUAUCCUAGGUGUCACUUGUAUACCUGGUAACAGUUUUUUACCCUAGAUCAAGGCCACAUCCGGCCCACAUGCCACCUCUUUCUGGUGUGUGAGCCUCAUAUUGUAGAUCCCAAGCUGUAAGAUUUUCACUAAAUCCCAAUUUCCAUUGAGAGGCAAAGCAAUAUAAUAUGCAACGCGCAUUGUUAAACAAUAAGCUGCAGUCUUUAGGUUCCCCUUUUAGAGUUUUGCAGCAGAGAGAGUUUUGCACAGCAUGUGGUGUUGCCAAGAAUAAUCAAUUACUCACAACUGCGCUGAUUAUCAAAUCAGACUUUAUAAAGGGUGUAAGGUGAUAAAGGAACCAUUUCUCCCCUCUAGCAGCUGUUCUGUUUGACAGUGCCAGAGUGCAUGAAACAGCCCAAGGUCAUGCAUUCACAUCUAAUGUUUACAUUCCAGCAGUGAAGACAGAAGAACGAAGAAUGAACUCUUUUCUUUUAAUUAAUCAAAGAACUCUAUUUUAAUAAAGCUAAUCAAAACAAUUGUUAGUCAAUAAUAACUACGUGACUGAUCUGUGAAAUCACAAUGUUAUGAUUAAUGUUUAAUAAGGAAAUGAUGUAGCCACUAGUCAGCUGAUUCACAAGAUAAACAAUCAUGACACAUUCCGGUCGCAAAAUCCAAUCAGAACCUUCACAUCUGAAGCGUGGCAGAGUCUCUCUGGUGUUUAUUUAAUCUGUCAGCUGUGAUCCGUCCAGAAUCGAAAACAUCAAAGAUUAAUGUCAGAACAACGCCAUUUUGAGUUCAGUAUUCAGCCAGCUCUCAAAAUCCUCUGAUGUUCAUCAUUGCUAAGUGGAGUACGGAUCGGCCAUCUGUACUUUUUACUUUUAAGCUGAGAACUGCCAAGCUGGGAAAAUCCUGUCGUUAUCAACAAAACAACGGUUCCUUCAGAAUAAAAGCUGAACUCGCUGACCCAAAGGGAGGUCCCUUUUGACGCUGUGAAACACCUGCCGUUUUUACCUGGAGAGGAUCCAAGACUGGUUUGUCGUGCUGAGGACGCUGCUUCGUCGGCUCCAGUACCGUAGGAAGGUCGUGGACCUGGCAGCCUGAUCUGUACGGGAGUCUCCCUGACGGGUAAAGUAGAACGGCACAGAUAGCAUCUCAUGUGUUUUCUGACCAGGGUUCAAUCGGUGAUCAGUUAGGAGCAAAACAACAUCUCCCACUCAGACUCGCUUCUCCAGAACGGAGGUUCUGAACUGACAUCGCACCAACACACACUCCACCCCACAGUCUUUCCUUCGCAUCCAUCACUAGAGGGUUAGUCCUGUAAACUGUUUAAAAUAAUUUAGAUAAUAAAUUUCGCUUAAACGUUGGAGGUCUCUCUCUAUUCUCUUGUCUCUCAGUUCAUGCAAAGUGUAUUAAAUUUCCCUGUAAUAAAAAGGACUCUCUUCUGAUUUUAAAAGCCCUGGUCCAGAGAUGGGGUCCAUGCCAGGUAUGGAUCAUUAAUAUCUCUGGUCAUUAAUUAAAUUGUAAUACUCUUCAUUUCCAUUGCAAGGGCUUUUCCUACAAGGAGUGCUACUCAAAGUGCUUUACAGAUUAACAUGACCCUAAAUAAUCUUUGUUCCCAACCUUCCCAUAACAAUUUAAAAGCAUUGGCACAGUCAUGCCAUAAGUAUCUCAGCGUCUUGUUCAUGAGUGAGGGAAAGAUGGCGGAUUGGUGCUAUGUCUCUGUUGUACUGAACUGUUGUGGUGAAGAGAGCGCUGAGCCAGAAGGCGAAGCUCUCAAUCUACCGGUCGAUUUACAUUUCAACCCUCACCUAUGGUCAUGAGCUUUGGGUAGUGACCAAAAGAAUGAGAUCGCAGAUGCAAGCUGCAGAAAUGAGUUUUCUCUGCAGGGUGGUUGGGCUCUCCCUCAGGAUGAGAAGCUCGGUCAUCCGGGAGGGGAUCGGAGUAAACUCACUGCUCAAGGAGCAAAAUGUGGAUUAUUUUAUCUCAUAUGUCUCUAAACAGCUGUGGUAUUUCAAUAUGGCACAUGGAUGGUCAACCACACGUUAAUAUAUAAAUGUAAAAUUUCAAGCUAAUAGUGUGGCGUAAUGGAGUAAUACAAGGUGUGGCCAGGCGGGGGAGCAAGAGAGCGGGAGGAGAAAACAACCAGGGAGUUAGCAUGUUGGAAGCUAAAUAAAGGAGUUGAACUCGGCAGCAAAGUGUUCUCAUUCGGCACCCUACAUCAACAUACACGACAAAUAGGAGUAUUUAGAAUCAACGCUGGUGGGAAAUAUUAAUGAAAACAGACAAGUUUGUGAAAGGGAUGCAUAGAAUUUGAUAGUAAACAAGGAGAAAUAACACAUGAUGUGCCUUUAAGGAAGGAACAGUAAACACAAAAGUCACACAAAAAUAAAGAUUU